UAUUCCCAUCAAAGAUAGUAGUUUUCCUGGGUGAUCUUCACAAUUUGGAUUUGUGAGGAUCUCAGAGAUGCCGCAGAAUUUUACCAGAAUCACAGCUGAAGAUGUUAAAUAUUAUCUUCUUGUAGAAUUAUUUGAGCAAGGCAAAGAUGGAUUCGACCUCACCGUUUGCAAUGGCGAUCACGUUUGGCGCGAAACAGUUGAUUCAUUGACUGUUGAAUCUAUGGCAAAGACUGCUGAUAUGAGUGUUACUGAAUUUGCUGAUCAAACAAGCAGAGCACUGACAGGCCAGACAACAAGUCAGGAUAAUUUUGUCUUUCAAGCCAAGCCUAAAGAGACAAAGUUACAGUUCUCUUGGAAGAUGCAUAUUGGUGAUGGUGUUAAGUUUCAACUGGGUUCUCUGACUUUGCCAAAAGUUAGUGACAGUGUUCAAGUAAUCAAGAACAUGUUUGAUCUGGCUGUAAACCAGAUGACACAGUUAAAGCAAGAAAUGUCAUCUUUGAGAUCUGACAAUACCAGAUUAUCUUCGGAGAGAAAAGAUACCCUGAAGCUUCUUGAGAAAUGUGUCACUGCCAAAGAAGAAAUGGAGAAAGAUUUAUUUGAAAAGUUUGCAGCAGUGCUAAAUGACAAGAAGAGCAAGAUAAGGCAUUUGAAGGAGCAAGUAAAAGAGGCUUCUUCACAGCCAGUACAAGGUAAUAAUGAAACACUAGACUUAGCCAACAGGAAUAAAGGAAAAUCUAAAGGUACAGCCAUCAGGCAAGAGGAUACUGGUGAUGACACAGACAUUGAAAAAACAGAUACAGAGGAUUCACCUAUCUCUGAACCUGUGAGAGGAAGGAAAAAGAAACCAAUGUCUUUGUCUACACCAUUAAGUCAAGCUUUGUUACCAGAUGAUGAAGAUGAAGGAAUUGUACCAACUGUGAAGAGGCGCCGUAGAAGGAAACCUACAGAAUCCCCUGCAGUAAAGCUAAUACUUCCCAAGGUACCCUCCGUCAGGAAGACGCCUAGCAGUUCCUCCGGGGAGAGUUUGACUUCAAGUCGAUCUCGCCUUCGUCAGCGAUCAUCAGACACAUUACCUCCUGAUGCGGAAGAUUUGAUGGCUGAGAUGUAAAAUAAAUACGACUCAUGUGGCUCGUGGAAUGGAGAUGUCUUACGACAAGACAUUGUAAACUUUAAUCUCUCGCUCACCAAUAACACAAAUUGAUUCAACGUUUGUUAAAAAUGGGAAUAAAACGUUCUGAAGCCUAA